AUGUCUGUUGAUGUGUCGAAGCUGCAGACAACAUUAAAAAGUUGUGAUUACUUCUUCUGGAAGGACGAUGAGAUGCCUAAGGGGUACUACAAGAACCUUAUAAGAACAUUAAAGCAGCAGGUAGAAUCAAAGGAGAACUUCGCUGAACUAGUCAACCUUAGGAAGAAGGUUGUGGAUUUGGAGUUUCUACUUUCAAAAGAAAAGUUAGUUGUUGAAAAUCUUGAGAAGAAGGUAACAAAGGAGAAGGAAGCUAUGAUGAUGCUUAACAAAAAACCAUAUGCUUCCAUGCAACAAAAUUGCAUGUGUGAAAGUUCUGGUUGUGAUACUUUUAUUGGUUGUUGCACUUUGGUGCUUUAA